AUGAGCCAAACCAUCAACACCCACACUACACGCGCAGAGAUCAAGGGCUUGACCCUUUUCGACACCUUAUACAACGAUCUUAUUCUUCGUCAUACCCUUCCUUACCUACCUGUUUCUGGCAUUCUUAAUCUCGCAGCUACUUGUAAAGAUAUACGGUAUCUGCUUCACGAAACACCUGGUGUUUUUAGACAUCUUGAUCUUACGAGGGUCAAAACUGCGCAUGUUGAAGACGUCAAGCAGGAAAGGAAUCUGGCGGUUUGGCAUAAUGUUGAGUUGGAGGAUUACUUGACUGAAGAUGACUUCUACGCCGGUCCCUUGAGAGGCAUCUUCUCAACCCUUCGUCAUCGCAACAUUCUUCACAAUGUCCAAUCCCUAAUCCUCGACGGGUUAUCAGUCACAGCAGAACUAUGCCACGACAUCAUCAACAACCCAGAUUACAACGUCCGCAUGCUCUCCAUCCGCGGCGCAAAGAACCUCAACCAAGCAAAACUGCGCGCCGCACUAGCAUACGCCUGUCGUCCCACCCGCCCGUCCAACCUCCGUCUAAAAGCGCUGUACAUCUUCAGCGAAACUACAGACGACGAUGCGUACUGGCACAACAAGGGCCGCGUGAUGGAGUCUACAAGCGGCAUGGAUGACUGGGCGCAGUGUUUACUUGCGUGCCAGGGAAUUAUUUCUUUUGACGCUGUGCUUUGUCAGGGUCCGCGACAUGUUAAUUCACCGGCUUUUGGAAACCCGCCUUUCACAUCUCCCACUGCUCUCACCCCCGCCGAUCCUAUCGUCAUCAGUACAAGCAGCUACAACGCCACGACCAAACCACACAUCAUUCGUUCCACGCUGCGCAGGCUGCUUGAACGAUAG